AAGGCAUUAAUUCGGUGCGAUCGAGUGCAUUCACAAAAAUCCCAUGCGGACCGAUUAGUUCUUUGUUUAAGGAGAAGACAGGCACGUAUAGUGUUGGCAGCGAAGCGCGAUACCUUCCAGUGAUUUCAACGGGCGAUGAGAUAGAAAACCCGGCAUUUAAGUAAAAACGCGGUCCGAGUUAACAGUUUUUUUUGUAACCUGCCGCCGACUUGGUAUAUUCUUAAGUUGGAUCUUGCAGGACGCGGCGAGGAGUGGUAGAUGUAGAGUUCGUGGCCUUGUCCAAGCGGCCGCAGUCAAACGGCGAACUGCAUGAGAGUCGGUUGCGUUAUGCAAGAAAUUACACGCGUAAAAUACAAUGGUGUAGCGUUGCGUGCCGUUCGCGAUGGGCACCACGGUGGUGUGCGCGGUAUUAUUCGGGGUAGUUUUUGGCGUCUUAUCGGCGUCCUUAAGUAAGGCGCUCCGUUAUCAGGCGCCGGACGAGUGCAAAUGGGUGGUAGAAAACGGAGGCGCCGACGAAGACGUGGCGUUAGUAUGCAGAUUACGUACCAUCAACAGCGAGUUGGAAAAUACAAAUUUUAGUGUAAUACAACCGCAGCAUACCGUGAGAUUACGGCUCGAGUGUAGUGAUGCGCUAUUUUUUCAAAGUUCGCUAAACGCUGGCAGUUUUCGUCCUCUUCUGGAACUGCGGGAGUUGUCAAUUGAAUAUUGUAAGAUAGGAAAUUUAUCUGAUGGGGUCUUUCGUGGUCUCAAGGAGUUGCGUAAUCUAACGGUUCGCACGCAUAAUACAGAUUGGUCGGCAAUGUCACUCGAAGUAUCACCAGGUGUCUUCACCGACGAGCUUCGACUACUGGAGCGGCUGGAUCUCGGUGAAAAUAAUAUGUGGAACUUGCCGGAAGGUGCUUUGUGCUCGUUAUACUCGUUAGAAAUUUUAAAUUUAACGCGAAAUCGAUUUCGGGAGAUCACCUCGUUCAGGUUUGCCCAUAACCCUUCGGAAAGGUGCGGAACGAGCCUUCGCUUAUUGGACUUGUCCCGCAACAACAUCGACCGGUUGCCAUCUGGACAGCUGUCAGGAUUAACUCGAUUGCAAAAAUUGUACCUCCAGGGAAACGGUCUUUCAUAUUUAGCCGACCGAGCACUCGAAGGACUUUCUUCGUUAAACAUUUUAAAACUAUCAGAUAAUCGACUAAUAAGCUUACCGCCGGAGUUAUUUUCGGAUACUCGGGACGUUAAAGAGAUGUACUUGCAGAAUAACUCGAUUAACGUGCUCGCGCCGGGGCUGUUUAGUGAACUUACGCAACUUUUAGUGUUAGACUUAUCUCAUAACGAAUUAACGACGGAUUGGAUUAACGCCGCGACGUUUGCGGGAUUAAUUCGGCUAGUCGUGCUGGACCUUUCGCAUAAUCGAUUAACGAAAUUAGAGCCGUCAGUGUUUAGGGACUUGUACAGUUUACAAAUUUUGAGACUGAAUGAUAAUUUUAUAGAAUUAAUACCGGAAAAUACGUUUUCGGCGUUGUAUAAUUUGCACACCCUAAUUAUUUCUAAUAACAGACUGACUAGCAUAGAUAGCGAUACGUUUAACGGUCUUUAUGUGCUUUCGCUAUUAUCCGUGGACAAUAAUAAAAUUAGUAGAGUGCAUCCGGAAGCCUUGCGAAACUGCUCUAGUUUGCAAGAUUUACAUUUGAACGGAAAUAAAUUGAUGUACGUUCCGGAAGUGAUUUCGAACGUUCCCAUGUUAAGAACUUUGGAUCUAGGCGAAAAUCACAUAGACACAUUAACGAAUGAUACUUUUCGGGAUAUGAAACACAUUUACGGAUUAAGACUGACCGAAAAUAACAUCGGUAACAUUUCCAAAGGCGUUUUUGACGCAAUGUCGGCUUUGAAAAUUUUAAAUUUAUCCAGAAAUAAAAUUCAAAAGGUAACAGCGGGCGCUUUCGAUUCAAAUACGAAUUUACAAGCGAUUCGAUUAGAUGGAAAUUAUUUGUCGGAUAUUGAGGAAUUGUUUGGAAAAUUGCCGAGCUUAGUUUGGUUAAACAUAUCGGAUAAUCAAUUAAAAUGGUUCGAUUACGCGUUAAUUCCCACCGGUUUACAGUGGCUCGAUAUUCAUUCCAAUCACAUAUCAGAGUUGGGUAAUUAUUUCGAAAUUGAAUCUACUCUCUCAUUAAGCACGUUUGACGCGAGCGCGAAUAAAUUAACGGAAAUUACAGGGAGUUCAAUUCCCAACAGCGUUGAAGUUUUAUUUCUCAACGACAAUUUGAUUACAAAAGUUCAGUCGUACACGUUUUUCAAAAAACCGAAUUUAACGCGCGUCGAUUUAUUCGGAAAUAAAAUUACGCAUUUAGAUCCGAACUCUUUGCGUAUAUCGACUGUACCUACGGAUAAAUCGCUUCCGGAAUUUUACAUCGGGGGCAAUCCGUACCAUUGCGACUGCACAAUGGAUUGGCUUCAAAAAGUAAACGCCGGAAAUCGUGCUCGAACCCACCCCAAACUAGUUGAUUUGGAAAGCAUCUAUUGUCAACUUUUAUACAAUCGUGGUCGGACAUACGUUCCACUUGUCGAAGCGGCUCCUUACCAAUUUCUGUGCACAUACGAAACCCAUUGUAUCGCAUUGUGCCACUGCUGUGACUUUGAUGCAUGCGACUGUGAAAUGACUUGCCCAGAAAAUUGUACGUGUUAUCACGAUCAGUCUUGGUCCGCUAACGUUGUGGAUUGUUCCUCCAGCGGAUAUGUUGAAAAUUUACCGUAUCAAAUACCAAUGGAUGCCACCCAGUUGUAUUUGGAUGGGAAUGAUUUACGCUCCUUGAAUAGUCACGCCUUUAUUGGACGUAAACGCCUUAAAAUAUUAUUUGUAAACAAUUCCAACAUAGAAUCAAUACAAAAUCGCACGUUUAACGGCUUAAAGGAAUUAGAGGUGCUACAUUUGGACGGAAAUCGAAUACAUGAACUUCACGGUUACGAAUUCGACGGUCUGACCGGUCUAACCGAAAUUUUUUUGCAACACAAUCGCAUAUCGCACAUUCACAACUCGACAUUUUCGUCCCUUCGACAUCUGCGUGUGCUCAAACUCGAUCACAACAGGCUAAACAAAUAUACUGUGUGGCAAUUUCCUGUGGCACUUAACGAAGUGACUUUAGCUUACAACCCGUGGUCUUGUAAUUGCGAAUUUACUGAACAGCUUCGCGAAUGGAUGGUUCGCGGUGAUGCGGUGUUAGAUAUAAAUUCCGUGCGGUGUGUUUAUAACGUUACCGAACUUGAUUACUACACGGAAGAAAUUUACGCUGACAACCCCGACGUCGGUUUCUACAUAAACUCUGAAAAUAACACCGCAUGUACUGGCGCGGCCAACAUCGACAACAGCAUCAACGGAAAUUUAACCGCUACGAAGACCAUCAUCAGGCGGCAGGAAAUCCAAGAUUACCUCCCGCUUUUGGUAAUAACGUUAGUGACUUUCGCCGUUAUCGUCGUGCUAACGCUCCUUGUGUUCAUAUUUCGACAAGAGCUCCGCGUGUGGAUUCAUUCGAAAUUCGGCGUGAGACUUUUCCAUCGUCCGACGGAAUUCGAAAUGGACGAUCGCGAUAAACUCUUCGACGCUUUCGUCAGUUACAGUUCAAAAGAUGAGGCAUGGGUUGCCGAAAUCCUUGCUCCGACGUUAGAACCUAAUUAUAAAUUAUGCCUCCACUAUCGUGAUUUCCCCGUAGGGGCAUAUCUCGCAGAUACCAUCGUACAAGCCGUAGAAUCAUCCCGUCGCACUAUUAUGAUCUUAUCGGAGAAUUUCAUUAAAUCGGAGUGGUGUAGGUUUGAAUUUAAAUCCGCGCACCAUCAAGUUUUAAGAGAUCGAAGACGUCGACUUAUUGUAAUUUUAUUGGGUGAAGUGCCUCAGAAAGAUUUAGAUCCCGAUAUACGUUUGUACCUAAAAACGAAUGUGUAUUUGCAGUGGGGUGAUAAACUCUUUUGGGAAAAGCUCAAAUUCGCUUUGCCGGAUGUUCCCAACAACCAACGUCGUCGUGGUUCAACGCGAACUCCUCACGUCCAUCACCACGUCCAUCGGCACAACACCAGGGGACAAGCGCCUAAUCCACCUGGAAAUACUCCACGCACGGUAGCCAUUCAUAUAUAGACUAGUUGUAACUUAUAUCCUAAAUUGUCAGCCUAUUGUGAUACGUAGAAUAUGACCGAGUGCAAUUUGAAUGUAAACGAGAAUGUAUUGUGAUAAUCCGGGAUAAUCAAAAGUGAGAAAGUGUGUUUAUAGUACGUAUAAGUGAUACCCGGAUAACUUCUGCUCUUCUGGAGGUGAAAAUUGUUUUCUGUACAUAAGGACUUGUAUAGCUAAGUAUUACCGUAUGUGUAAGUAAAACUGUAUAUAUUUUCAAAAAAACGCUCUUCAUAUUUAUUGUUCGUGCAAACUAAAAGUUUUCUAUUCAACCAUGUCAUGAUCUUUAAGGAUAAUUACCAUUCAACAGACGUCGAGAAUUAAGAUUAAAGCGAUAAUACUAUUAA